GCAUGCGCACUUUCAAGGUGACGCUGUGCUGUUCAGGUGCUGCUCGAAAACUUUAUUUACUUUCUCAUUAAAUUAAUAUUAAACUAAAAACUCUCCGAGACACGUAGAAGCAGGUGGAUGUAGUGCUGUUGUUGAAUAUUCCGGUGUGUGUUCGUCAUGUUUGUCCUUCUGGCCCCGUAAAGGACUCUCCAUUUAAACGACAUUUAAACUUCCUAUCUUCAGACGCUCCUGUGGACUCAGCCUGCAGGAUGACGUGUGUACUGCGCAGUGGAAACCGGUUAGUUAGUUACCUGCCAGGGAUCCACGUGUUGGUGCUCCGGGUGACUGGAACCAGAGCCUUUUCUGCUGCUGCAUCUCUGGCUUUUGAUGAGUCCAGGAUGGCGUCCACGCCCCCCCACACAGGACUGCAAACUGCGAGGCCUGAUGAGAUGAGGGCUUUUGGUGUCUUGGAUCAGAGCGUUCAGCUGCCUGGGUUUGAAGAUCAGAAGAUCUGGUUAAGGAGGACUCCCCAGUCCUACAGAACAUCAUCUGACCUGAAGGAGUUCCAGUUCUCCGAAGAGUUCUGUGGUAAAGAGGAUCCAGCAUCUUCUCAUGUCAACCGUUCUUGUGAACCGUUCUUCAACAGUUUAAGUGUGGAGUGUGUUGUGCAGUCGUGCCCUGAGCUGUUACAGAAAGAUUUCCAGUCCAUGUUUCCCGACGCUCCGUCCUCUGGUAUGAUGGUUGUCACGGUGACCCAGCGGACCCAGAACGACAUGACGUCCUGGAGCGCUGAGGUGGAACAGGAGAGAGAGGCACUGCUGGACAAGUUUGUUCACGGAGCAGAGGAGAUAUGCCAGAGCCUGCAGAGAGAGGGAUUCUGGGCAGACUUCAUCGAUCCGUCCUCCGGUCUGGCGUUCUUCGGCACGUACACCAACAACACGCUGUUUGAGACGGACGAGCGCUACCGGCAGCUGGGCUUCAGCAUCGAGGACCUGGGCUGCUGCAGAGUGAUCCGCCACCCGUUAUGGGGGUGUCACGUGUUCGUGGGGGCGAUAUUCACCAACGCUCCGUCCUCCACGCUUAACGAGAAGCUGCAGGGAGACUGAACCUGGUUCAGGAUGCUGGACUGGUCCUCUUCACUCAUCUUGGUUUGAAACAUCUCUUUAACCUCGUUUUACUUGUGAUGUUAUGAAGAAAAGUCACGUUAGUUAAUUAAUGAAAAAUAAAAAUCAAUAAAACAGUUUGGUGGGAAAUAAGAA